UUCUUUUUUUGUUCUUGUCCUUGAUUUGUAUAAAUAAAAAAUAAGUAUCCUUACAGUACCAUGCGUCUCCUUUCUCCUUUCAAUUUGCAGAAUUUAGGUAGACCAAUUUUGUACAAAUACCAGGUUAUUAUCGAUGUUUUGCCAUUUUCCGAAGCAAUGAAAGCUGUUCUAUGCUAAUAUCCAUUGACACAGGUCUCCUCCCUUAUGGUGCGCAAGUAUAGUACGCCUAUAGCCUCGCGGUUUGUCAAGAUUGUUGAAGUAGGCCCUCGGGAUGGCUUACAAAAUGAAAAAGCUCUCGUCCCUGCAAAAGUGAAAAUUGAGUUGAUUGAACGUUUAGCCAAUAAUGGCUUACCUGUUGUGGAAACCACCAGUUUUGUAAGUCCUAAAUGGGUGCCUCAGGAAAUUGCUGUUGUGCACGAAAUAGAUGGGUGAUAAUAGGGAAGUCUUGACAUCUGUCGAAAAGCAACCAAACGUUUCUUACCCUGUAUUGACCCCUAAUUUGAAAGGUUUGGACGCGGCUGUAGCCGCU